CGGUUUCGUUAUUGCGGAAAGAGCUGAGCUGUGAAUCGCUUGUAGAAGAAGUGCGUCGUAGACUAGAUAAUUUUGUGCUGGUAAAAAGGUGCAGUUGAACACACCCAAGUGAUUUGUGCUUUGAUCCAUCAACGGAAUGGCGGCAACAGUUAGGAUGUUUUAUAGGCUGGGAGGGCCAAAAUUUAAUAAUAUUCGAACAAAUUACACAGCUACUCGUGCUAAUCUGAAAGUUAGCUCAGCUACCAAAGUUAUAAGUCAAGGAUUCACAGGUAAACAGGGAACUUUUCAUAGUAAGCAAGCUAUUGAAUAUGGAACAAAAGUUGUCGGAGGUGUGUCACCAGGAAAAGGCGGAAAAACUCAUCUCAAUUUACCAGUAUUUAAUACAGUGAAAGAGGCAAAAGCUGCUACAGGAGCAGAUGCCACUGUUAUCUAUGUACCACCGCCAGGUGCAGCAAAAGCUAUUAUUGAAGCUAUUGAGGCUGAAAUGCCAUUAAUAGUCUGUAUCACAGAAGGAGUUCCACAACAUGAUAUGGUAAAGGUGAAGCAACUUCUGCUGAAACAGUCUAAAUCUCGUCUUGUUGGACCCAACUGCCCAGGUGUCAUUGCCCCUGAACAGUGUAAGAUUGGAAUUAUGCCUGGCCACAUUCAUCAGCGUGGGGUUAUAGGUGUUGUUUCUCGAUCAGGAACCCUGACAUACGAGGCUGUGCACCAAACUACACAGGUGGGAUUGGGCCAGACAAUCUGUUUUGGAAUUGGUGGUGAUCCUUUUAAUGGAACUGAUUUCAUUGACUGCUUGGAAGUAUUCCUCAAUGAUCCAGAAACCAGAGGUAUUAUUUUGAUUGGAGAGAUUGGAGGAAUGGCUGAAGAGAAAGCUUCUGAAUUCUUGCUGCAACACAACUCGGGAGACAAGGCCAAACCAGUUGUAUCAUUCAUUGCUGGACUGACUGCACCUCCAGGCCGAAGAAUGGGUCAUGCUGGAGCUAUUAUUUCAGGUGGAAAGGGUGGUGCACAAGACAAGAUUAAUGCAUUGGAAAAGGCUGGAGUAAUUGUCACCAAAAGUCCAGCCCAAAUGGGUACAGAACUUCUGAAAGAGAUGAGACGACGAGGUCUAGCCUAAAUACACAGCAGUUGCAUUAAUAACUGCAUUAAAAUGUUAGAUGUUUCUAUACAUAAAGUUGAUGUAUAACCUUAAAAUUUUGCAUACCGUGUAGUGUAUUAGAAUAUAAAGUAAGCAAACCAACAACUAUUAACACUAUAAAAUGACACCAUUUGCCAUGCGCGU